GGUUCUGGGCACGUUUGGCUGCAGGUGCUGCUGGAAUUUGCUCGCUGUGAGGUUGAAGGGGCCCUGCCUGCCUCCUGCAGGCUCGCUGCAGGGCUUUGCUCUGCUGCAGGGUUUCUCAGCCUUUCGAUACUUCUUUGCCUCCUUCCUGGAGGGUUUGCAGAGAAGGAACCGACUCCGAAUGUUGGGGGUUGCAGCUGUGUUUUUUGGGUUAGAUCCCCAGCCAGAGUCCUGUGGUUUGGCCCCCAAAAAAGUGUUGAUCACUGUGCAAACUGCACCUGUUGGAUAGGCAGUGAGAUGGGAGAAUUCCAGGACCAAAUUCAUCUGCAAAGUGGUGAUUGCAGGGAUGGAUCCCAUCCUUACCUGGGUGUGCGGUGCUGCUCUUGGGGAGAGCACUGCCUGGGCAGAGUCACUGCGGGGUGAGAUUUGUGACAUCAGUAACGCAGAAAAUGCACAGAGCUGCCUCACUGUUGAAGUGUUACAUUUAAAAAUACGGCAACACAUCCCUGCUGUAAACUUUGCCCCAACCAGAAGUGAACAGAAAAGCAGAAGGAGAGCAAAAGCUACUGCGGAAGUGGGGUUUUACUCAGGAAAAGCCCUGAAGUGCUGAGAGAUGAGAUGUUAGGUGGGGGACAGCGGUGGGGAGGGCACUGAGAGGGCUCCAGGAGAGGCUGGGGUCACCAAAAUCAGCAGCACUGCACUGCUCACGGCCAUGCUGUGUUGGCAUGCCUGGGGCUGAUGGCUUCCAGCCCCCAGCAGGUGCUGUGGGGUUCCGUUUCUGCAGCACAGGGCUUGAGCUGCUCUGCUGGUGACCUGGGCUGUGAUCCCUGCAGGGCCUUCCAUCAGAAUAACGUUGCAAAUAACAAUUUUUUUCGAAGAAAUUCUCCCUUGGGUUUCAUGUGGGAUCUUCCCGCCCGCCGCCAGCUCCCUCUCGCUAUGAUUACCAACACGUACUGCUGCUUUCUAAAUGUCAUCUGAUGAUUCAUUUGUGUAGGAGGUGUAUGAGAUUACGAUGUCAACCAUGGUGCAGUGCUGGUUCUCACUGUGCUCGGGCACUGCAGCUCCUCCAGCUUGGCCCUACCUGUGGGCUCUCCCUGCACAAAGAUGCUCAGGUGCUGCGGUGCCUUCUGGCCAGGCUCCUCUGCUGGAGGUUGACAUGGUGGUUGCUGGAGAAGAUGGAGCCUGCUGGGGUUGUGUGGAAUAGCUCCUGCUCAUGAAAAAACACAACACUGGUUGCCCCAGUGGGUGGAGGUGGACCCCAGCUUUUUUCUGGCUGGGGGGUGGAAGCUGUCUGCAGGACUUUGGUGGAGGAAAGGAGUGGGGCUUGCAGGCGCAGGAGGUGAGAUUGCGGCUUGGCUUGGUAGGGAAGUGGUCCCAGCAGGUUGCAUGCACAGGGCACAUCUCUUGGGGGUCCUGCAUCACUCUGCCCCUCUCUCUUCUCUCCAGAUGGCAUCAGGAGCUGCUGCUGUCAGGAACAUCCUGUUUAUUUUUAACUAAAGUUAAAAGCAGAGGUGGCAGAACAGCUGUUUCCAAGUGAAAUCUCCAUGGCAAUCAAUGCCUGAGCCUGCAGCUUGCUGCUAACCUCUCAGAAUGCACUGCGAGGCUUUUCCCUUUCUCUAGAGCUGCUUUCUGCCUUUUCCUCUGAGCCCCACAGUAAACAGCAUUGCCUUGUCUGAACUUCUUGAAGGUGGUGAAAUGUGCAGAUCUUAUCUGCAGCACCUUGGGGAGCUGUGAGGGAGGAGAGCAAUGGGGUUGGGGUGCUGUCCUCAUAGAACAGCGCUGGCACCAGGUACAGCAGGGUGCAGGGCUGCUGACCUUAGGAAAGGCUUUUGUUUGGGUUUGGUUCCUGCAGAAGGCUGUGGGAAGGAUGCUCUCCAGCUGGAAGUGGAGCACUUCUCCCCCCAGCAUCUUUGCGAAUGGAUAAAUGCAGAAGUCGGUCACCGAGGCAGAGCGGUUCUUUGUUGGCUCUUGACUCCAGAUCUCUCUUUUGAGAGCAUGUCACCACAGUCACAAUGGCCCCAGGGCUUUGCCUUCCCCCAUAGCAGCCUCUCACGAGCUCACCCAUUUCUUACAUCCGAGGAGCAGUGCUGGUUAGAGGAGGAGCUGCAUGGCAGGGGGAUGCGAGCUCAUCUCCAUGCUGCAUCGCCCUGCAUCCCACACUUUGCUGUGCCAUGAGGGUGCAAAGGGUUUGGGGUCCUUUCCCCCCCACGUUGCUCUGUCCUGGUCCCACAGUCUCAGCAGUGCCCCUGGGGUUGUUACCGUGAGCUUCUGUUGUUUGCAGCUUGUUUCAUCCUGUCCCCAUACGACAGGAAAUGUGGCAACGGUUGAUGGUUAAGAGCUUUUCUGUUUUUCUUCCUUCAGCAGCAACUGUGCGUUCUGCAGCAGAAACCACAAAACCAGAGAUGUGGACAGGUUCAUGAAGAGCAACGCACCGCUGACCUCUCACUGCUGCUCAGUGUAGGGAGCAGCAUAGCUCCUUGCAGGCUGGGUCCUGCUGUGCACUAAAUAUGUCCCUGUGAGCACAGGAGGGCAUGUGGGCAAAGCAUCACUCCCACAGUGUCAGUGAGGGGAAGAGAGAGCCUUUUUCUAGCAGUGUUUUGCUGCAGCGUUGGUGCAGCACAACACGUUGCAGCCUCCCUUCCAGCAUCACAGCUCUUUCAGGAGUUGCUCUGGCUAUUCCAAGCUGCUGCAGUGUAAAUGAGAACUGAGGCAAGCUGAGCUGAUCUAUUUGCUUUUGCUGUGCAUGUUUGGAGGGUGCUGGUCUGCAUUGGGUGGGGGUUGUGCUAUGGAAACAGUGCAGCACACACAUGGUCUGUAUGCAGUGUGGCUGCAGUAGGGUCAGGGCAACACCCUGCAGAUGGAGGGAUGCACCUCUGUGCAUGCAUUUAAGACCUACUGCAGUCAGUAGACUGCAGUGUUGAUGUGUCUUACAGCAGAUUGUGGAGCUGAGAUCGCCAGUGUGAUAAAGGAAUGUUGGUGUGCAAUUCUUGAAUACCACACCAAGCUUUGCUUUUAGUUUUUUAAGGCAGUGAACAAGAAGGAGAAUGCAAGACAGUAUCAGUGCUCUUCUGUUGGGUUACUGCUGCUUCCAGAGGUCUUGCACUGUUUGUCAGCCUUGAGCAGAAGUUGAGACAUCUGCUUUGGGGAAUGGCUUGAAUGAAUCUGAGGCUCUCCAAGUCCCAGAGCUGGAGCUGUUUUGCCAGAUUGCGACCAGAGCUCUUGUUUGUCCGGCGCUUGAUUCUUCUCCUGAAAGAAAUGCCACAGCCUGGGGCGAUGCUGCCUAUGGUGUGCUCAUCUGAUGGAUGGGAGCCUCCUUCUGCACCUGGGAGGAAACGCUGUCCAGAUCUUGGAAUUAAGGCUGAGAAGUGCAGGGCUUUGCUCCUUAUGUUGCUUUUUCCACACUUUCUUGUUUUCCUGUGAAAGUUGCCCUUCCUGCUCUGAUCCCUAUCAGCCUCCAGAGCUCAUCUCUUCAUGCCAACUUCGGAGGCAGCCCACACAGCAGGCAGAAGAUGUGCAGCUUCAACUUCAAGCCAUGGGAUUCUGUCCCCUCUGUGUCCCCAGGGCAUGGAGUGCUGGCACCUGAAGACUGGAGCCCUGUGGGAUCUGCACCUUGGGGUGGGAAUGCAACGGGCCUGUUUAGCUGUGCUGGAGCAUCUUUUCUGUCCUCGCAGUGGGGUUUUGGAACGGAGCGUUUUGGAUUCCGUGUUCCUGCAAUGCCUGUGGAUGCCUGGGCUCCAUGUGUUGGACUGUUCCAUGUGUGGGAUCGCAUCCUGACAUUUCCUUCCCGGGGGGAUCCGUGGGCCUUUGCAGCCGGUGCCUUAUGCUUGGCAUAUGGAAGAAUGUAACGCAAGCUGUAGAAGAAAAACCAGAGCCUCCAACUGUUGAGGAGAUCAAAGAGAAGAUCGAAAAAUACAAUGCAAAAGUUACAAACUGCCUGCUGAUGAAGCUGAGUGAUGAUGGGACCUACACAGGUUUCAUCAAGGUGCACCUGAAGCUGCGCCGCCCGGUGACGGUGCCGGCGGGGAUCCGACCGCAGUCCAUCUAUGAUGCCCUCAAGGAGGUGAACCUGGCAGAAACCACAGACAGGAGGACGUCCUUCUACCUGCCUCUGGAUGCCAUCAAGCAGCUGCACAUCAGCAGCACGACCACGGUGAGCGAGGUGAUCCAGGGGCUGCUCAAGAAGUUCAUGGUGGUGGAUAACCCGCAGAAGUUCGCGCUGUUCAAGGAGAUGCGGAAGGAUGGGCAAGUCCUCCUGCAGAAGCUGCCCCUCACUGAAUUCCCCCUGUACCUGCGGCUGCUGGCUGGCCCUGACACUGAUGUGCUCAGCUUUGUGCUGAAGGAGAACGAGACAGGGGAGGUGGAGUGGGAUGCAUUCUCCAUCCCAGAGCUACAAAACUUCUUAAUGAUCCUGGACAAAGAAGAGAAGGACAAAAUCCAGCAAGUGAAAAGGAAGUAUGAGAAGUUCAAACAGAGACUGCAGCAGAGCUUGAAAGAGGCUGGAGACAAACCUGGCUAACCCUCAGGGCACACCGGCAGUCAGACUAAGCUACGUGUGGUUCUUAAAAAGAACAGACUCUUCUCAGGACACCUUUUGGUGGUCACCCUCCCUCUUCAUCCCUCCAUUAAGGACGUAGCACCCAUUCCAUGGACGUGUUGUGUUUCCUUCUUUUGAAACCUCGUACCCCAGGACCAGAUCCAGCCCAACAACAGGACGCCGGCACCAGAACUGCUGGGGCGCGCUGAGCAGCUCUGUGGGCAACGCUGAACCCAGCAGGAGAAGCAGGCUGAGCUGCUCACGCUCCUCCCAGCAGCUCUCUUGCUACGGCUCUGCAGUUGCGUGUGCCCUCGUUGCCCAGCUCUCAUUUCUUAAGCAGGGCACAGGAAGGAGCAGACAACACAGAGGUUGGUGCGCCGACCCAUGCGGGUGUUGCAGCUGUAACCGAUGCCAGACAGACUUGUUCAAGGCUGAGGUGGGAAAUGCAGCCGUGGCAGCUGCAGCACCCUGAUAGUCCUUUGGUAAGUGAUAUUCAAUCCAGGGAAAGUCAUUUAUUUUGUUGCUAAUUAAUUUCAAGAAGAGACUUGAAUUUGAGCAAAUAUCCAUGACGCUUAGCUGAGCUAGCCUGUGUGUUAGGAGUUUUCUACUCUGUAGGAAUUGGGACCUAUGUUUUAAGAGAAAAGCAUGAAGAUGGGGGUGUGGGAUGGUGGUUCUGCAUAGAACCCUGAGCAAUACACAGCCAGCAGACGAUUGCAGGGAAGCUCAAAGCCCUCUUUCACCAAUCAGACCCAUUUUGGGCUGUGAAGGGGUCUGGCAGGAGGGAGAGGAGCUCCAACCCAGGCUGGCUUGUGGACGUGUCCACAGCAGUGUCUGUGCAGGAGAUCCUUAGCACCAGGAAGAGCAAGGAGACCACAAACCUGAGAUGCUUUCCUGCCACCACCCCCUUGCACCAUGCCUCCUCUUGCUGACCCCCCAUCCCCCGUGCUGUUCUCCCACCUCUUUUCUCCCUUCCUAGUGCAAGGGAUGCUGUGGGGAUGCCAAUCCCAGAGGCGAUUUCCCCACCUUUACUUUCAGCACUUUGUACUGAGCACACGGCACGUUCCAUCUUCCCUCUGUUCAGAGGACAGUGCAGCGCAGAGUGAAAAGUGAACGUGAAAACUAGCUGGAUACAGAUGGAGCAUCUGAAAUGCUCCUGGUGACCCGAGUGUCUCCCACUAAUGCAAAGUAGAAAGGAGCAGGUUAUUAGGGAACAGAUGAUGGAGACAACUUGGAAGAGUCUAAAAUUUACCUCAGUGCCUUUUAUUUUUCCUGAAGUGUGAAAACUUUACAUUUGGGUUAAAGAGGAGGUUGGAAGGGGCUUUUGCCAAGGCCUUGGCAGUGCUCCCCCAGGUCCCUGCAGGCUGCUUUUAUCCAGAGAGAGAAGAGGAACUGUUGUUCCUUUCUGCAAGAUGACUGCUUGGCUUUUCUUUUUCCCCUCCCUAGAUUUAUACUUGAGUAUGCUUGUUUAUAAAGGUAUGAGAGUAACUGCAUCACUUACAGCCCUCACUUGGUACAAAUGCCACUUGGUGCAAGCUCAGCUCCAGCCCUUGCCUUACUCAGUGGUGUAAAAGGGUUUCCAGGCGAGGCUCCAGCCACUGCCACACGCUGCAGGAAGGGCCUCCCAGCUGUACUGUAUUCUCUACCCAGAUGACCUUUAACAGCGUGGCAGCAGCCCAAAUAGAGCAGUAAUUUUCAUGCUCCGGGGCUGCUUGCCUGUUUAUAAAGAUACUUAUUACUUUGCUAUGCACUUGUGAAGUAAUUUAAGUAACAUUUAUCCACUGCUUUGAGUCUUGGAAGCACUGUACAAAUACUUCUGUUCGGUUGAGUGUAAGGACACUGUAGAAACUGCCUCUGGUUCUGAGAAACAAGACCCAGAUGCUUGCUUUCAAAUCCCUUAUCUUUCUGGCUAUCAGUUUCAAAAAGAUUGCUCUUAUUUUUCCUGGUUGCUGUUGUCUUCUACUCGAGUUCUGGUGACCAUCUCCCCUUCCCUUCCUGGAACCCAGCAUGUCUUUGACAUUCUGUAGAAGGCAUGGCUUCUUAUGCAAUUACUGUGAAUGCUGCUGAAAACCUCCUGCAAAGAGGAGGGGUUUUUUUUCUUUCUUUCUUUCUUUUUAAAGA